UAUUAAGGUGCAAUACCAAAUAUAAGUUGUACGAUUACACCAUUGAUACACAUGUACAUCCAGAGUAUCAGAAACACAACACGAAAGCAGUGUUGGUCUAAGGUGUUAAGCUGUGGACAAAACUAACAUAGAGCCAACAAUAGAUACAGCCAACAUGAGAAGUUAAAGACAGUCCAAGUUUACCAGCCGCUCUCCCCUAACAUGACUGAGACAUACUGUGCACCUCUCGACAGGAAAAUGAGGAAGAACGAAAAGGUGCCAAGGAAGUGAAAUAGCAGAAGACUCAACUGUUUAUUUUAACAAGAUGUUUAUUUUGAGAACAUGUACUUCACUCAGCCUGUACACUGACAGAAGACAGUUCAUGAUGCAUGCUUUGUGGACUUAUUUACUUAACCAAACAUCCAUAGCUGGAAUGAAGACCAUAAUCACGACAGAACAAGAUAUGCUUUUAAAAGACAUGAAGGUAUUUUUGGUGCAUUUUCUCCUGGGUCUAACAGGGGUGCAGUGUGAAUGGAAUGUGACCUACUCCUCUACACAUGUCUGUGGUCUUAAAGGAGCAUCAGUGGUCCUCCCCUGCACAUACCAGUAUUCUAAUGGAGACAUGUAUCUGGGAGGAGAGUGGUAUGAAGAGAAGAGUGGUAGAGUCAUAAAACACAGUCACUCUAAUUAUCCUGACUGCAGUCUGAACAUAGACACACUUUCAUAUGGAGACUCUGGUGUUUAUCAGUUUCGGUUUUAUACAGUCUUACACUUGAAAUGGAUGACAAGCAAACCUGGGAUUACAGUGUCUGUUACAGAUCUGACAGUAGAGGAAGCAGCUUCACACAAACAGCAUCCGACUGAAGUGACCUGCAGCACCUCCUGCAGUUUGCACCCUGAACUUCACUAUAUCUGGUACAAGACUGGACAGAUUCUACAAGACAGAACCACAGCCUCCAUACUAGUCUAUGAAGUGGCCAGUUACUCCUGUGCUGUGAGAGGUUAUGAAGCUCUACGCUCCCCAGCAGUGUGUGUUCCAGAUAAAGAGUGCUGGGGUGUGACCUACUCCGAUGAGAAUAUCUGUGUAUUAAUGGGCUCAUCAGUGGACAUUCCAUGCACUUACUUUUAUCUAAGAGCUGACCACAUCAAAGAAAUGUUUUGGUUUCACAAACAAAAAUAUAAAAAUCUGCAGGUGUGGGCACCUCUUGAUACAGUGAAAGAGGGGGACAACGUCACCCUCACCUGUAAUACUACCUGUACUCUGAGUAACGACCCCACCUUCAUCUAG